AACUCUUCAGUCUGGAAAGUCUCCAGAUCAGAACUACACUGAGAAGCAGUGGUCAGCUCUCAAAAGCAGGUGGAGUAACAGAAUGAAGUAAACGGAUGCGUUGAGAAGACAACAGUGGUUCUCAAUCAGUCAGGAUUUGAAACAGAGCAGAAUGUCAGAGGAAAUACAGAAGUUAAGAAGAACCGAGGCUAAUGCUGCGUUAGCUCUGGAUGUGCGGCAUCCUGGCCCACUUUUCCUACCGGUACGGACCAAGAAGAGGUACUUUAUCCCUCCUGCAGUGGGUUUGAAGGGCAAGAAGGAAGAAAACCCAGAAGCCAACGCUCAAGCAGCUGGCAUCGUCUUCCGACAGCAGUACUUUGAGAGACCGAUUAACAUUGCAUGCUCAGCGGGAGUCUUUGACCCAUACAUCCCUCCAGAAGGAGACGCGCGUCUUUCUACGCUGUCUAAGGAAGGCCUGAAACAACGAACAGAGCAGAUACGACAGAGCGCCACCUCACAACUGGCGAUUCGUAAAAUCAAAGAGCACGAUUCAGAGUUCAGCACAAAGACGUUUGCAGAGCAAGCUCAAGAGAUCUUCGUAGAGGCUCACAACGCCCUGACACACUUCAACAGAGAGAAGCUUCAUUCUCUGGUUACAGAAAGAUGUUAUCCUGAGAUGACGAGAGGCAACCGCUACAAGACGAUCCGGUGGAGGUUUGUCGAGUCUCUGGAACCACCCAGAGUGGUGCAUGCCCGCUGCCCCGACAUGGUCACUAAAGGCAACCUGUAUGGCCAGGUUACAGUUCGUAUGCACUCCAAGCAGACCAUAGCUAUCUAUGACCGCUUCGGGAGGCUGAUGCUGGGCAGCGAGGAGCAGCCAAAGGAUGUCCUGGAGUACCUGGUCAUAGAACGGCACUUGAUCAAUCCCUAUAGUAGAUGGAGGCUACAUGGGAAAAUUGUGCCCUCAUGGGCUCCUCCCAAAGACCCAGUUAUUAAGACGGUUGCCAUUCCUGGUCCAGAGCUGAACCCAUGGGAAGAAUAUGAUGCCCUCAACUAUAAAGUUCCCAAACCAGCAUCAGUACAGUGGAAUAAGUAGGUCAGCAGGGGGCGAUGGUCUUUACAUUAAACUGAGGACAUUAAGGAGGACAUGUUAAUUACUCAUGGUAUUGAAUAUUUGGAUGUUCUUGUGCUCGAGGAGGAAGCAGGCUUCAUUUGUUUCUGCUUCCUUCUGUCUUUUGGAUUUUGAGACAUCAGAAGGAACAGAUGCGAUUUGGUCCCAACGGCAACAUCAAAUAUCUUCCAUGAUUAUGGCUUUUUUUCACACAUUUGUUAUUCGUUUGAGAAUAAUGGUUUAUGUACCUGCAGAAAAUAAAAAUACACAGAUCUAUA